AUGUCGAGCUCUGCGCCAACCUUUUCUAGACCCCUGCAGACUCCUCUGUCCAAGGAGGAGUUGGAUCGCAUCAAUGACUAUCUCAGGACGCUCUCACCACAAGAGAUACUGCAGUGGGGCAUAGAACACCUCCCCAGCCUGUACCAGACCACGGCAUUCGGUCUGACAGGGCUAGUGACCAUCGAUAUGCUGUCUAAAUUGACGUCCAACCCUCCCCCUCUCAUUUUCAUCGACACCCUCUACCACUUCCCCGAGACGCUAGAGCUCGUAGAGGAAGUGAAGAGGCGGUACAACCGAGAUGUCCAUGUUUACAAGCCAUACGACUGCUCGAAUGUGGAGGACUUCGAGGCGAAGUAUGGGCAGAAGCUUUGGGAGGUGGACGAAGACACGUAUGAUUUUGCAGUGAAGGUCGAACCCGCACGCCGUGCAUACGAUGAACUGGGGGUGAAAUCUGUCAUCACCGGUCGGCGGGCUUCGCAAGGCGGCGAGCGCGCAAAUCUCCAGCCCCUCGAAGCUGACAGCACAGGUCUCCUGAAACUAAACCCGCUCUUUGCUUGGAACUUCUCCCUUGUCGAUCAAUACGUUAAGGAGCACAACGUGCCUCGGAAUAAGCUUUUGGAUCAGGGAUACAAGAGUAUAGGGGACUGGCACAGCACUGCGAAGAGCGGUGAUGGAGACGCGGGGGAGCGGGCGGGUAGGUGGGCUGGUAAGGCGGAGAAGACGGAGUGUGGACUACACAAGGACUAUUUUGCGAUGAAGGCUGCCGCGAAAAAAGUAACGCGUGAGAAGGAACUGCAAGCACAGAAGGAGGCACAAGCCCAAGCUCAGGCUUCAUCGCCCGUAUCUCCGCCUGCUGUCGCCCCGACCGCAGCUUGA